CACCAUGGGGCGCAUUGUCUGUGUAACGCAAGCCCAACGACUACGAUAAGACAAGACAAGACAAGAGGCAGGGAGCGAUGAGCCACGAUCUAUUGUAUCACGAGCUAAUGUUAAUUAGUGACACUAUUCACUUAGGAGAGACAAGAAUAUUCUGAACUGAGAAAAUGAAGAUAAAAGUAGAGUUGGAAAGUGAAGAUGAGGAUUUCACUUCUGAAAGUAAAGAAAAUUUGGAAGUUGUUUUAAAGAACUGUAAGAGAGAAUUCAAUACGGAUGAAAAAAUCUUUGUUAAAAGAAUUAAAUUAGAACCUUUACAAUGUGAUAACGAUGAGAAUAUAGAGAUAAAUACUUAUGGAAAUUCAACUUCUACAAAUUACACAAAUGGUUCCUAUAUUUGGAGUAAUUCUGGUUAUAAAAGUGAAAUAGAUUGUAAGAAAGAGAGAAUAAAAGAGGAGAUUUGUGAUACUAAAUAUGAUAUAAAAUCGGAAUGUAAAGUUGUUUUGAGAAGAUUGAAUAUCAAAGUAAAAACUGAAGACUGUGAAGUUGUUCAUCUCCGAGAUGAAUACCAAGAUGUAAAGCCUGUCAAGAACGAGUUCUUCACUUCCGACGAAAGCUUUAACAGGAAUGAAACGAACGUACAAAUUGAUGAAAAACAAAGUAAAGAAUAUGAUAUUCAACAGAAUUCAAAUAGAGAGAAGCAUUAUAAGAAUAUUAUCAAUAAAAAGAAAUACAUUCCUUCCAUUAGAAAAUGCAAUCAAGUGCAAAAAAUGAUUAAAAGGAAAUACUCCAGGGUUAUGCCUGCAUCUGUUUCUAAACAAAAAUUCACGUGUGACUUGUGUAAACAGACAUUUAUAAAUAAGGAAAUAUUAGAAGCACAUCUGUUCUUUCAUAUUCGUAAAAAAAGAUUUCACUGCACGUCCUGCAAUGAGAAGUUUUCAUGGCAAUUUCUUUUGCAAAGACACAUGAAAAAACACAAGAAUGAAAAUCAAGUUGUUAUGCAGUCAUCUUCAAAAUAUUGCAAAGAAUCUAAUAUUCAGGGGAAAAUCUGUCAAUCUGAUAUUUCUGAUAAAUGCCUUCGAUCAAAGUACCGUUUAGAGACAAACAAAAGAAAACACAUACCUCAUCGCUGUAAGAUAUGUAAGAAAGAAUUUAAAUUUGAAAGUUAUUUGAGAGUUCACAAAGUAACUCAUAGCAAAAACCGUUUAUUCAAAUGUGAUAUUUGUAAUAAGUAUUAUAAAACGAAAAGAUGUUUAAAAAAGCAUUAUGAACUUCAUACUGAUCAAUAUAACUAUUCCUGUGAGAUAUGUAACAAACAUUUUAAAACAAAACGCUAUCUGAAUCAUCAUAAAAGGGUGGUUCAUAUCAAUGACUUCAUCCAUUGUCAGAUAUGUAACAAAAGUUUUAAAUCAAAACUGAGUUUAAAACAGCAUAGUGUUACACACAGCAAUGAAUACAAGUAUUCUUGUGAUGUUUGUAACAAACAUUUUAAAACAAAAUCCUGUUUGAGGAAGCAUGAAAUUCUUCACAAAGAUAGAAUUAAGUAUCUCUGUGACAUAUGUAACGCAAGUUUUAAUAAUAAACCAGCAUUUCUUAGGCAUCGCUUGGUUGAACAUGAAAAGAUGUUUGUAUGCAAAUAUUGUAAUAAAUCAUUCAAAACUGAAAACAUGAUGACAGCUCAUUGUAAAAUUCAUAUUCAACGAUGUAAUGUUUGUAAUAAGGAAUUUAAGGAUAAACGCUGCUUUAUUAGUCAUCAGAAAAGUCAUUUCGACAUAAAACCUUUAGUUUGUGAGGUAUGUAAAAAGCACUUCUGUAGUAAAAAAAUUCUUUUAAAGCACGAAAGGAUUCAUUUAAAAAAACGUUAUCCUUGCAUUAAUUGUAAAAUAAGUUUUGAAACUGAAAACAAACUAAAAUGCCAUUUGAAAGUUUGUCGUCUGAAGAUAGAUUGGAAUCAAUUUCCUUACCAAUGUGGUAUCUGUAAACAGACUUAUAACAAGAAAUCUUCAUUUAUGAGGCAUCUGAUUACUUAUAAUAAUAAGAUACAUUUCUGUUGUGACAUUUGUAAGAGAAAGUUUACAACAGAACACGAAUAUCAAAGUCAUCAAGAGCUUGCUCAUCCCACAGGAGGAAAACAUCAAUGUGAAAUUUGCAAAAGAACAUUCCAAAGUAACUAUUUAUUAAAUUUUCACAUGCAGAGAAAUACAGAUUUAAGUGUUAAGAACUGUGAUGUUUGUGACAAAAACUUUUGUUCAGAUCGUGCUUUAAAAAUUCACAUGCGAAGUCAUCUUUUACAAUAAUGUUUUGCUUGUGAAAUGUGUUGUAACAAUUUAAAUACAAUAUAAAUUUGACAAUGAGGAAUUUCUUUGUCAAGCGUGACGGAAUACUUUUUAUGAAAAAGUAGAGAUUGAAGAAUGGAGAUUUCAAGAAAUUCGAGAGAAGAGUUGUUAUUAAUAUUUCUACAAAUCCAAGCCUUGACACAUCGUUCUUACUUGAUGUUGCUAAUGCCGGAAUUCACGGGGUCUCUAUUCUUAUUGUUUUAGAUCUGGAACUUAUGUGACCAAUUUUAUUCUUACGCUUUCCCCUAGGCAUUUGUUUUUUAUUUUUUACAACUUAAAUAAAUUUCAGAUCUAAAAGAAUAACCACUGUGACUCCUGAAGGUUGUGAAAUCCGUUUUGAGCAACAUGGAGUAAGAAUGGCUUUGUCAAGGAUGCAGAAACAGCUUCACAACGUCUAGCUCGACUUGAAGCUCUUCUCAAUUCUUCAAUCUGUACUUUCUCAUCAUAAUAACUUAUUUUAAAUUAACUGUUAAUACUUAUUAUAUUAAGCUAGUAAUUUCCUGUCAAGCAUGACGGUAUACUUUUUAUGAGAAACUUUGUAUUUAUUACUUUAUGAAAUGAAUUUUAAAUAAAAUAAAUGGCAUGUUCUUUUUAUGGACUUUUUGUUCAUUGUUUCGUGUGUAAUGGUUGCUCAAGAACUUAAUUUUCGAAUGGGAUCAUUAUAUGCCAAGUGUCAAAAUAUAAGCAAAAUUAUUAGUACUAAUAUACUUUCAGCUGGAGUUGAGAUAAAGGAGAACAAACACACUAUAUCACUCAAAUGGUUGCAUGUAUUUUGGAGCCAUAGUUCAUGAAUUGAAUCACAUUGUUGGCUUCUACCGCGAACAGAAUC